ACCCAACCUUCAGCACCACACCAGACCAUCGUACCAAAGCUGAACAAAAUGAAGAUCGCAAUUUUCGUAUUACUUGCCGUCUGUAGCGCUGUAAGCGCCCACUAUGUUAAAGGAGGAUACGGAGGAUAUGGUGGAUAUGGCGGAUCUGGUGGAUAUGGAGGAGGAUAUGGUGGAUAUGGUGGAUACGGAGGAGGAUAUGGUGGAUACGGAGGAGGAUAUGGUGGAUACGGUGGUGGAUACGGUGGUGGAUACGGUGGUGGAUACGUAGGAUCCGGACACGUAUUUGUUGUUAGACCAUAUUAUGGUGGUGGAUACGGCGGAUAUGGCGGUGGAUACGGAGGAGGAUACGGUGGAUACGGUGGAUACGGAGGUGGAUAUGGUGGAUACGGUGGAUACAGUGGUGGAUACGGUGGUGGAUACGGUGGAUACGGUGGUGGAUACGGUGGUGGAUACGGUGGUUAUAGUUCUUCAAAGAAAGGAGGAUAUUAUUGAAGAUCCUAACCCAAAAUGAACAAUGGAUGAUGUUCGAACAUUCAUCUUAAAAUAUAAUCGUCGCAUUUAA